AUGGCAGAACCGCUCAGAUUCCCCCGCCCCCCCAAUAAUUCCUCACUUCGGGGUACCGAAUGGCAGCUGCCACGGGCAUAUUCAGUCUCGACCGGAUGGAUAACGGGAAACGGACCGCGCACAUCUGUUUGGGUCCUUCUCAAAAGCCCGGAGAACGGUGAUAGAUACCGUGCCCUUUUUGGUUCUCCAUCCCCUCCGGUGACAGUGGUGGAGAUGAUGGAACGAGCAGCAGGCGCAUACUUUUAUACGCACUGGCAUAAAUGUGAAGCCCUACGGCACUUGAGUAAUCCAACAAUGACGACUAAUAUGGCCCGUGGGGAGCGCGAGAAGACCGCGGAGAAUAUGCAGUUGGCCCGGGAGGAGCUUGAUCAAAAUACUCUUGGCCUUCCAGAGGGGAUGUUGGUAGAGGAGAGGAAGACGCUUGAGUGGGUUGAGGAAGAGUUUCGUGAUGAGCAGGAGCGGGAACGGACCCUGUUUCGCGACUCGAGCGGAAUAGGGGCCGCGCCUUACCGUCGACACCGUGCUUCAAGAUGGACAGCGAAUCUAGUCCGACGAACAACAGUUCUCUCCCGCCAAUCUGCUCUUCCUGUUUCCAGACGAGAUGAAGGUGUUUGUUGCCUCACAGGCCGGUCGAGAUUGUGGUGGGACGUUCUCGGCUGGAGCCAGACAAUUGUCACUCCCAUAAUCUCGGACGGCAUUGAUGAUUUAUUUGGCAGCGCUGAAUGUCCCAGUAACUUCGAGGUUUGUCUAAAGUAUUUUACUAUGUCGAAGUAUGGUGCCGCUGCAUUUAGGGAAGGUCGGAUACAGCUGGAGCCGGAUUGGAAUAUUGAACAACGUCCCAACGACGACUUGAAGUCGACGUGCCGAUAUAGUUUAUGGGCCAUUAUACCUGUCUUAAGGCCUCUUCCGAUCACAUCCCAAGGCUGUUCAUUACGAUCUGGAAGUGUGAUGGAGAUGAUGACCACAGAUCCCAAGUCGGCACCACUUCCGAGCGCAUUCCUGUUAGGCACACACCAUCGCUUCUGCAACGCACUCAAGUUGUUGGAGAUUGAUCAUUACUCUAGCCGUGUUCUGCUCGAGCAUUCCCUUGGGCGAUUGGGCUAUGGAGUUACUUCCCACGCCAAGGUCGCGUUUGGGUGUACCGUCUCCUCCUUCGGUUAUGACUCGUCCGCCUGGACGGCCGCUUAUGCAAGAGCUCUACACGAUGUCCUAUCCAGAGAGCGAACUGCCCUUGCAAAGGAUCUACGCACGUGCAUUCAACAACUCAGGAAAAUCCCAAACACUAACAAGUCCGCGAUAUGCGAUUCGAAUGGAGGCCCAAUGUUUGAAUACCGCCUUUCCGGCCGCCUCGGUGGCCCUUUUCACUCGGAAGCCGAAUUCAACGAUUUCGUAAUCACACAAGACCGCCUUCGAGACCAAUGCCACGAGCGCCAUCAUAGAAUCUGUUUCACGCAUGCAGAUCUUAACCCGAAUAACAUCCUCAUAGAGGCAGGGAGACUUUCAGGAAUUGUUGAUUUCGGAUGCGCCGUUUAUCACUCGGAGUAUUGGGAAUACACCAAAGCUAUGUUCAGCACUCCUGGCCUUGACGCCUCCUUUCCCGAAAUGUUCAAAGCAAUAUUUGGCGACACUCAUCGCGACGAGUUGAAUGCUGAACAAAAGCUCUGGCGUGUGAGGUCUACCCUCUAG